AGUCUUCUGCAACUUUCUUUCCCACUUCCUUCAUGAAACUACUGUAAUCUUCUGCUAACAUAUAUAAUCUCAAACCCUAUCUUCUCCGAUUUCUAUCUUUUAUCUUUUCGAUUUUCUUCUUCUUUUUCUUCUUCUUCUUCUUCUUCUACUUAGAGAUUUUUCCUCAAGAAAGUUCGUUCUUUUUCUCUGUUCUUUAGAUAAAAAUCUCUGCUUUUUUUCCUUCUGUGGGUAUUUGCGUGAUGUCUUCGGAGAAUGAUUUCGCUGAGUUUUCUUCUUUCUUCGAGAGGAUGAUCCAAGGAGGAGGCGAUGGUCUCUCUCGAUUUUUACCGGUGAUUGUAGCUUUAGCCGCCAGAGAAGACGAUGAUGACCAAGAAUCGAGUAAUCAGACGACGAAUCCAAGGCUGGUGAUGAUCAGAUCGGGUUAUGGACUCGACGAUUUCUUUAGCGGCGGAGAAAAACAAGGGAGAUCGCCGGCGUCGAAAUCAGCGGUUGAGAACAUGCCACGUGUCGUGAUCGGAGAAGAUAAGGAGAAAGAUGGUGGUUCUUGCGCGAUUUGCUUGGAGGAGUGGUCUAAAGGUGACGUGGCGACGGAGAUGCCGUGCAAACACAAGUUUCACUCAAAGUGUGUGGAGGAAUGGUUAGGGAUGCACGCCACGUGUCCUAUGUGUAGGUAUGAGAUGCCUGUUGAAGAAGUGGAAGAAGAGAAGAAGGUUGGGAUUUGGAUUGGUUUCUCCAUUAACGCCGGCGAGAGAAGAAACGCAGAAGACGGAGGAAGAAGAAGUUGAAGUGACUCGAACCCUCGUGAUGCAACAGAGGCUUAGGUUUAGGUUUGGUAGAAGAAAGUUUUGUAUAGUUUCUUUUUCGUUUUUUUUCUAAUCAGUUUCGAUUUCAAAUAAAUUUUGUUACUGAAAUUGAAGAAAUUCAAGAACAUGAUUCUUUCUCGUUUUGAAGCAAACAACAAAAACAAAGAUUUCAAUGUUUAUGGCUGUGGUUGUGGGCU